UAUGAUACUACGUUUUUUUCCUGUAUUUUUCAUUUGAAAUACAAACAAAAAAACUGACGAAAGUCAAAUUACAAAAACUAUUCGGCAAUGUGUUAGAGAAAGACAAAUUCUGUGUGAAGAACAGCUGAGUUUUGACGUUUCAUUACCGAAAUUCAAAUAAACGAAAUUAAAAUUGAUGUAAAACAGUUUUGUAACAAUAAAAAUGAAAUUAAAGUGGCAAGACAACUACCAACCACCAACUCGCUUUGGUGGAUGAAAUGAACUCAACGUUCACAGCAAAUGUACCAUUUCAAUACAAUGAAGUUACGCACAAGUGGUGCAACAUCAAGUCAUAUUUCAGUUCAGAGAAGCAGAGGAUGGACAAGGCAAAGAGAAGCGGUGCCGGCGGAGACGAAAACGUACAGACCAGCUGGAAGUUCUAUGAAGCUUUGAAAUUCCUACAACAUGUGAAUGAGCAUACACCAUCAGUGAAUAAUUUUAAUAAGUGGAGUUUGCAGAACCUGGACCCUGAUCCCAAUCCAUCGCGUAAGCUUGGGGAGCAACUGCAGCCUGCAGAAUGUUUCGAUCCAGGCUUUGACUCAGAGUCAUCCUUUUCANUUUACGCACAAGCGGUGCAACAUCAAAACCUGGACCCUGAUCCAAAUCCAUCGCGUAAGCUUGAACCCCAUCCCCUCUUGAAAUUACAAGUAACAGCAGUAUCCAGUCGCUCCAAGAUACUAAAAACAUCUCUACAGAAGACACUAAUA